GUGAGGGAUCAGCUGUGAGUACACUGUAUCUGGACUGGGACCUUCACACACAGUCCUGUCCUGAGUCGUGUAUGGUCACCUGUAAUAUCACACCAACCAUGCUGCAUCCAAACAUCGCUACUUGAUCGCAGUUGCUGGGCAUCUGUAUGAAUUUACACGUCGUGGGGUGUUUUUGUUUCAAAUACUCAAACUGCUUGAAAUUUAACGUGAAUUUCGUUUCUGGACGAGGCAUCUACGAACCUGCCUCAGAGUUGUGCUCCGCGAGCGCGCGACACACAGCGCCGCUGACGGGGCACGAGACGAGUGAGCGCGCGCCGAGGAGCCGCGUAUCCUUCGCAGCGCUCUUUCACACGGUCGAGCAGGACAAAAACCCGUCCGAAGGCCACAGCAAUAACUGCAACCGCAUAAUAUAAUAAAUUAGACCCGUAAAAUAGCUACGUUUCCACAAUGGAAUCGGAGUGCGGGAGUGUGAACGGGCCUACAGAUCCAGCGGGCUCUCUCACCGGCGGAGCCGGAUCCAGCGAGCCUUUUCCCGGGCGCCGCAGCGUCGAUUUCCCGGUGGCCGCGGUGCUGCCUGCGGGCGGCUCUGGGGAACGAACGGGACUCGCGACCCCCAAGCAGUUCUGCACUUUCCUCAACAGACCGCUCAUCAGCUACACAAUACAAGCUUUUGAGAGGGUGGCCUGGAUUGAGAACGUUGUUGUUGUGGUAGCGGAAGAAAACUUUGACCUGAUGAUGGACAUCAUUCACCAGUUCAGUCACAAAAAAGUAAAGGUUGUUCUUGGUGGGCCAACAAGACAUAGGUCAAUUUUCAAUGGACUCCGGGCUUUUGAGGAGCAGCCUGAUGGGACUGCAUUGAGAAAGCCAAAGGUGGUUAUUAUCCAUGAUGCUGUCAGACCUUUUGUUGAGGAGGAUUUCCUGCUGAAGAUAACUGUUGCUGCCAAAGAUCAAGGCGCAUCUGGAGCUAUAAGGCCCCUUGUUUCCACUGUAAUAGCUGCAACAUCAGAAGGCUAUCUUGAUCACUCUCUGGAGAGAGCCAAAUACAGAGCAAGCGAGAUGCCCCAGGGAUUCCUGUAUGACAUAAUAUACCAGGCCUAUCAAAAGUGCAGCGAGACAGACUUUGACUUUGGGACGGAGUGUCUACACUUGGCCUUGUACUAUUGCGGCACCAAAGCCAAACUCAUUGAAGGUCCUCCUACUCUGUGGAAGGUAACCUACAAGCAAGACCUUUUUGCUGCUGAAUCAAUUAUUAAAGACACUCUCUCCCACACUGUCUGCGUGGUUGCGGGUGAUUGUGCGCAGUCAGUGCAGUUGGCUCAUGGACUGCGGAAGACCCUUGGAGCCAGGAGCAUGCAGGUGGACGUAAUCUCAGGCCCACUCGGAAGCCGUGCAGUGUUGGUUUCAGGGACUUGGAACUUCAUCCGUAUCACUAUGGAUACUUCUUCUUUGGGUGAGAUUGCAAAGCUGGUGAAGAUAGUCCAGGACUCCGAACACGCCAUCCUGUAUCCUGUCGUUUUGAUUUUGGUGCAUCUGAACCUGCUGUCGCGGUGCUGUCUGACCGAGCAGAUGAGAGCCUUGGGUGCCAUCCGGAGUCUGGCUGCAGAGGCAAAACACAGCAAUAUCUUACUUUAUGGAAUCCUACUCAAUCACGACGAGAGGGUGGAACAGUGGGAUGAGACCAUGGAGAACGUGGCCCAGAUCGCAGCAGCCCUUGUGAAGGACCGCAAUCCUGCCCUGAUGCCUGCCUGGAGACAUCAGUGUGGACGCUGUUCUUCUCCAAUACAUCGCACACCAUCCCUGCUGCCGUCUGUUCGCGCCACGGGCCGUGCCGUGGAGACGGCGUUGAUUGAACGUGUGGUCCGUCCCUCUCUGUUGGCGAACGGGAGCUUGCAGGCGCCUGACGGUUUGGAUGGCUGAGAUACCCUGGCCAACUUUCCCCAUCACCUUCGAGGCCAAGUGGUGCGGGUUACAUUCUUCUGCUGCAGAGCAGCGAUGUCACAGCUCAGCCUCUCACUGGCUGAGACACGCAGAAGGCUAACAAGCCAUAUGUUUCAAAAUUCAUUAUUUACUCUCACACACAUUUCUAACAAAUUGCUUCUUCUGUGAGCCAGCAUAUAUUGACACCAAAUAAUGCCAGGGCGCAGAGGUUUUGUGCAAAGUCAAACUCGUUAGUUAAUUCCUUUUCAAACGUGGAACAGGCGCAGUCUGAAAGUUCAAUUUCAGCACAAAAAGAGGUUCAAUAUUUCUGCACAGUCCUUCCUCCUCCGUUCCUUAACCACUUCUGUAAAGUGUGGACAUUUUGAUAUGGCUUAAUUAGUUUUAAAAUGUAGAUUUCACCGGCUUUAAUUUUAAUGUCAUUUUUAGCUGCAGUGUU